AUGCAGGCUCCCAUUCUUGUGCUCACCGAUAACACGAAGCGCGAGAGCGGUCGUAAGGCGCAGAGGAACAACAUUGCCGCUGCCAAGGCCGUCUGCAGCGUUGUGCGCACAGCUCUUGGCCCGCGCGCCAUGCUCAAGAUGAUUCUCGACUCCAUGGGCGGCAUCGUUCUCACCAACGACGGCAAUGCCAUCCUCCGCGAGCUCGAGGUCAGCCACCCGGCCGGCAAGAGCAUGAUCGAGCUCAGCAAGACCCAGGAUGAGGAGGUCGGCGAUGGCACCACCUCCGUCAUCAUUCUCGCCGGCGAGAUGCUCACCGUGGCAGAGCCCUACCUUGAGAAGAACAUGCACCCUACGGUCAUCAUCCGUGGCUUCUUCAAGGCCAGGGACGACGCCAUCGAGGCCCUCGACAAGCUCGCCAUCAAGGUUGACAUUUCCAAGCGUGAAGAGCUUUUGAGCAUUAUCAGGAGCUGCCUCUCCACCAAAUUCGUCAGCCGCUGGAUGGAUCUUAUGUGCGACCUUGCCCUCGAUUCCGUCUCCGCUGUUGUCCACCAAGAUGGCAACCGCAAGGAGAUCGACAUCAAGCGCUACGUCAAGAUUGAGAAGGUGCCUGGUGGCGAACUGGAGGACAGCUAUGUGCUCAAGGGCGUGAUGCUCAACAAGGAUGUGCUGCACUCGAAGAUGAAGCGCAGGAUUGAGAACCCCCGCAUUCUCCUCCUCGACUGCCCCCUCGAGUACACGAAGGGCGAGAACAACAUCAUGAUGGAUGUCACCAAGGAGGGCGACUGGACGGCGAUCCUGAGGGCCGAGGAGGAGUGGGUCAAGAAGACUUGCGACCACAUUAUCGCCCUCAAGCCCGACCUCGUCAUCACGGAGAAGGGUGUCUCCGAUCUUGUGCAGCACUACUUCGUGAAGAACAACAUCACUGCGCUCCGCAGGCUCCGCAAGACCGACAACAACAGAAUCGCCCGAGCUGUCGGCGCCGUCAUCGUGAACAGAGUCGAGGAGGCCAAGGAGUCCGAUCUCGGUACCAAGUGCGGACUCUUCGAGGUCAGGAAGAUUGGUGAUGAGUACUUCUCGUUCAUCGAGGACUGCAAGGAGCCUAAGGCCUGCACCAUUUUGUUGCGCGGCGCCAGCAAGGACGUCCUCAAGGAGGUUGAGAGGAACCUCCAGGACGCCACCUGCGUGGCCCGUAACAUCCUGCUGGACCCGCGUCUGUGCCCCGGCGGUGGUGCCUCCGAGAUGACCAUCUCGCAGGCCCUCCGGGAGAAGUCGAAGGCCAUCGAGGGUGUCGAGCAGUGGCCCUACAUUGCCGUCGCCAACGCUCUCGAAGUCAUUCCCAGGACCCUGGCGGAGAACUGCGGCGCGAGCGUGGUGCGCGUGCUCACGGAGCUGAGGGCCAAGCACGCCGAGGGCAAGAACCAGUCGUGGGGCAUUGACGGCGUGAAGGGCACCCUGGCCGACAUGAUGGGCCUCGGCGUCUUCGAGCCCUACUCGGUCAAGGCGCAGACCAUCAAGACCGCCAUCGAGGCCGCCUGUCUUUUGCUUAGAGUGGAUGACGUGGUCUCCGGCAUGAAGAAGAAGGGCGGCCAGUAA